AUGGCCCCGACCAAGCUCCCCCCUGAGACAGGCACCUACAGGGUCACAGACACCAGCCUCACUCAUCUCACAGUGCACAGCCGGACGGGAGAGGUCUAUGUGGGAGCAGGGAACCGGGUCUUCAAGCUGUCUGCCAACCUAACAGAGCUGCGUUCACACACGACUGGCCCGGUGGAAGACAACGCCAAAUGUUACCCCCCUCCCAGCGUACGAGCCUGUGCACACAAACUGGAGUUCUCUGACAACGUCAACAAGUUGCUGCUGGUUGAUUACGCUGGCGACCGCCUGGUAGCAUGUGGGAGCAUCUGGCAGGGCGUGUGUCAGUUCCUGCGGCUGGAGGACCUCUUCAAGCUGGGAGAGCCCCACCACCGCAAGGAGCACUACCUCUCUGGAGCAAGGGAGGCCGACGGCAUGGCAGGAGUGGUGGUUGACAGAACAGAAGGGAAGUGGAAGAAUGAGAAGAAGGGGAGCAGCCGGCUGUUCAUCGGGGCAGCCAUCGAUGGCAAGUCAGAGUAUUUCCCUACCCUGUCCAGCCGUAAGCUGGUCACUGAUGAAGAGAGUGUUAACAUGUUCAGUCUGGUCUACCAGGACGAGUUUGUGUCCUCACAAAUCAAGAUACCCUCCGACACCCUGUCCCUCUACCCAGCGUUUGACAUCUACUACGUGUAUGGAUUCUCCAGCCGUACCUACGUCUACUUUCUGACGUUGCAGCUGGACACACAGCUCACCCAGAUGGAUGCCACCGGUGAAAAGUUCUUCACCUCUAAGAUAGUGCGGAUGUGUUCCAACGACACCGAGUUCUAUUCUUACGUGGAGUUCCCCUUGGGCUGCACCAAGGAUGGGGUGGAGUACCGGCUGGUCCAGUCCGCCUACAAGCACCGUCCUGGUCGGAUGCUGGCCCAGGCCUUGGGGCUGUCUGAGGACGAGGAUGUGCUGUUUGUGGUGUUCUCCCAGGGCCAGAAGAACCGGGCCAACCCGCCUCGGGAAACAGUCCUGUGUCUCUUUACCCUGCAUCAGAUCAACCUGGCCAUGAGGGAGAGGAUCAAGUCCUGCUACCGUGGGGAGGGCAAGCUGUCCCUGCCCUGGCUGCUCAACAAGGAGCUCCCCUGCAUCAACACGGUGAGUCAUCACCAUUUCAUUUGAGUAAUUCCGCUCAAAUCAAGUACUUCUAUCCAGCCUCAGGCCCCAGCCCCAGAGGAGGCAAUAUUCUCCUGGGUUUACUUGCAUAUUUCAUCCAUACCUCAUUAACUUCAAUAGCCCAAAUGCUCCAUGAAUAUAUUGAAACAUUUGACAGGCUUGCAAACACGUUCUAGGCAUAGGAUAUCUUAGCUACUCUCCACCUUAUGACGCUUUAUGACCAGUCUUUUGGUAUUUCUACAUCCAGAAUCGUAUUUAGAGUGAAUAUACAACAUGAAAAGUCCCAGCUGAUCUAUACUAUGUUUGAUAAAUUGAAUAAUUUAUAUUCCAGUAAACUUUAUCUGGGAUAAAACCAUAAAACAGAGCAGUUUAUCUCUAUGGAGGGUUAUCUCCUAUGAAGCUGACUCCAGUCAUAUCACUGUACUGUAGUAUUAUGAGGCAACUCAUGAAACAUACAGUUAAGUAGUGAUCCAUCUAAAUACUGUACAGCAGGCAAGGUAUUUAAACGGAUUCAUAUUAUAAAAGGGUACCUCUCUCAAGGAUUUAAAUCAAGAACAGUUGAAGAGCUACUGCCAAAACCGUACUUGUAUAUUUAUAAGAUGUUCUGUCAAGGUUUGUGCAGGAAGUUACAUUUUCCUCCCUCCUUGUGCUCUACUAGUCUGAUGGCACCCGAAACCCACCGCGUUAGUUUUUAGGGCAGAGCAGAGAGGAGAACGAUGAGUAUCAGUAACUGACCUGGAUCCCUUAAGGAAGGCGUGGAUUGUUUUUAUUAGGAGCAACAGGACUCCCCGCAGCUGAUGCAAAUCUGCUCUUGAUUAUGGCCUGCUUCAUGGAUAUCAUUAGUCCCUUCUCAUGCGCAGCAAUAGCCCUUGACCACAUAAUGAGAGGGUGCGUGCCAGACUCUGGCCCUGGACUUGUUUGAUAUAGUUAUCCUUCAUAAGGGCUCAACAACAACAAUCGUUUGUUCCUCUGACACCGGCAUGUUUUUAGUUGACACAUAGCCAGCCUAGCAAUGUACAGUGAGGGAAAAAAAGUAUUUGAUCCCCUGCUGAUUUUGUACGUUUGCCCACUGACAAAGAAAUGAUCAGUCUAUAAUUUGAAUGGUAGGUUUAUUUGAACAGUGAGAGACAGAAUAACAUUAAAAAUAUCCAGAAAAACGCAUGUCAAAAAUGUUAUAAAUUGAUUUGCAUUUUAAUGAGGGAAAUAAGUAUUUGACCCCCUCUCAAUCAGAAAGAUUUCUGGCUCCCAGUUGUCUUUUUAUACAGGUAACGAGCUGAGAUUAGGAGCAUUCUCUUAAAGGGAGUUUAACUCAACUCGCCGUGUUUGGAGGAGGAGGAAUGCUGCCAAUGACCCCAAGAACACCAUCCCCACCGUCAAACAUGGAGGUGGAAACAUUAUGCUUUGGGGGUGUUUUUCUGCUAAAGGGACAGGACAACUUCACCGCAUCAAAGGGACGAUGGACGGGGCCAUGUACCGUCAAAUCUUGGGUGAGAACCUCCUUCCCUCAGCCAGGGCAUUGAAAAUGGGUCGUGGAUGGGUAUUCCAGCAUGACAAUGACCCAGAACACACGGCCAAGGCAACAAAGGAGUGGCUCAAGAAGAAGCACACUAAGGUCCUGGAGUAGCCUAGCCAGUCUCCAGACCUUAAUCCCAUAGAAAAUCUGUGGAGGGAGCUGAAGGUUCGAGUUGCCAAACGUCAGCCUCGAAACCUUAAUGACUUGGAGAAGAUCUGCAAAGAGGAGUGGAACAAAAUCCCUCCUGAGAUGUGUGCAAACCUGGUGGCCAACUACAAGAAACGUCUGACCUCUGUGAUUGCCAACAAGGGUUUUGCCACCAAGUACUAAGUCAUGUUUUGCAGAGGGGUCAAAUACUUAUUUCCCUCAUUAAAAUGCAAAUCAAUUUAUAACAUUUUUGACAUGCGUUUUUCUGGAUUUGUUUGUUGUUAUUCUGUCUGUCACUGUUCAAAUAAACCUACCAUUAAAAUUAUAGACUGAUCAUUUCUUUGUCAGUGGACAAACGUACAAAAUCAGCAGGGGAUCAAAUACUUUUUUCCCUCACAUGCCAAGAAUGUGCAGUUUCAUCGGCGCUCAGAGGUGUGUUUCUUAUUACAUUUCUUAUCUUAGUAAUUGAUGGCAUGUUCAUGUUUCUUUAUGUAUCUUAGAGGUGUAGUGAAAGCUCCCAAAUUCUAUUAGCGUUUUGUGUAUUCCAAGCCCUAAAUGAUUAAAUAGGCUGCAUUUGAUCCAAAACCUUGAUACAUUCUGAACAUUGUCCCGUUCUUGUUUUGUUUUGCAGCCGAAGCAGAUCGGUGAUGACUUCUGUGGGCUGGUGUUGAACCAACCUCUGGGGGGUCUACAGGGGAUAGAGGGGAUCCCUCUCUAUGAUGACCGCGUGGACGGCAUGGGAGCGGUGACAGCCUACACCUAUGGAGACCACUCAGUAGUGUUUGUGGGAACCCGAAGCGGACACCUCAAAAAGGUAAGGGAGACAUUCUGAUUCUUUCUGUUCAGUUGGGCCGAUCAAUUAUUCCCCGGAAGCCGUGUUAG